CAAGAGGAUCAUUUGAAGGACUCGCUUCGUGGAAAGGCAUAACGGGUGGUUUUAGGGUCCAAGAUGGACAUGGAUGUCCCUAAACCACGUGUGUUCCUGAACUACAACCCAACUGCCCUGUUUUCACAGUGGGGUGUACCAAUUGGUGUGACCCAAGUGAUGGCCGCAGUGCGAGACGGCCCGUGGGAGAGCCUGAGCUCGGGGAAGAAAGUAGCCUUGGCUGCAGGCCUCACCGUAGGGGCUACAGUGGGGUACCUUGUUUACUAUCACAUUCGAAGCAGCAGUGUGCAACGCAAAAGUAAAGAGGAGUCCAGAAUAUCUAUUCCACUUGACGUGUACCGCUCUAUUGCAAGAUAUCAGAGUGCCUUUCUAGACAUAGUGAAUCAGAAGUCUGGCGCCCAAAUAAAUGUGUUGCCGAAUACUGAAGAGCAGAGCUUGGUGAAUUUCCUCAUCCAGGGUUCACCCGAGCAAAUUCUUGUGGCACAAUGUACUUUGGAGAAACUGUCCACCGACUGUGAAGUCAUCACCGAUGUCAUUGAAGUGCCCCAGACGGCAUUUGGACGAAUUAUAGGCCGUGGUGGCGAGAACUUGAAGUUCAUAAACAGAGUCUCUGGGGCCAGGGUGAACUGUCCCAGAGAUCGUGGACGUGGCUUAGAGGAGAAGGGCAAGAUCACAAUUACUGGAACACGCAAGGAAGUUCAAAGUGCAAAGGAGAUGAUCACGGAGAAGGCCAUAGAGAAUGAAACCGUACGAAAGAGGAUAAGUCAGUCCUCUGCUCUGCGUCAGAAGAGGAAACCACCAGAAGUGGAGCAAUUUAACAAAGCUACAGGACUAGAGAAUGAAUUAUUAAAACUUAAUGGCAAAGAUUUUCUUUCACCACUGACUGAGCUACAUCAAGAGGGACUUGUUAUGGUGAAUGACUUUGCAGACAAUUCUACAGCUGAAACUUCCCUCAGAUCAGAGGAGAUUCUUUCUCCAUUGUCACCUUUGGAGAUCUCAAAAUUUGAAAUUCCUAGUCCAGACCUGAGCUUCCAGCCUGACGAGCAUCUGGAGGUGUAUGUGUCUGCUUCUGAGAAUCCUCAGCACUUUUGGAUCCAGAUCCUGGGAGUACGAUCUCUACAGCUGGAUAAACUGACUGCUGAAAUGAGUCGUUUCUACAACAGCGACACCUCGCAAGAGCACAGAGUGGAGACCAUUAUUGUUGGAGACAUAGUGGCUGCUCCUUACAGGCACCAUGGCACAUGGAACCGUGCUCGAGUGUUAGGAAUUCUGGAUUCUAGACUGGUGGAUUUGUAUUACGUGGACUUCGGAGACAAUGGGGAGCUUCCACGAGAACACUUACGAAGCAUGAGAAGUGACUUCCUGAGCUUACCCUUCCAAGCCAUUGAGUGCAGCUUAGCAGGGGUCUGUCCUGCAGGAGAGGUUUGGUCUGAGGCAGCCCUGGAUGACUUUGAACGCAUGACGUACUGUGCUGAAUGGAAACCUUUGCUGGCCAAACUGUACAGCUAUUCUCAUUCUGAGAUCUCAUCCUGGCCCAGUGUGAAACUCUAUGACAACAGCCAGGGAAAGGCUGUGGAUCUGGGUAAGGAGUUGAUUCGUCUUGGUCAUGCCAUGAGCUGUGAGGAUGAAGGGAUCGGGCUUAGGGGAGAAUGGGAUGAGUCCAGAUCACUGCAGAAGAUGCUGGAUGACAUGACGGGAGCAUCCUCAGAACUCAGUAUGUCCUGCAUCAGUUUGUCAGGUUCAACAAAUACAUGGCUAAGAAAGCAGUUGGAAUGGCCAUCCUGUCUCACCAGCUUUUCAGAGGUGGAGCGUGCUGACGUGGACCAGAGCCCUUGUUUUGGACUCCUGUCUUCCACUUCUCAGAUCCACUCUACUCCAUCUCAGAACCUCAGUGAGCUGGUCAGCAACAUACUCGAGUCUUCCUCAAUGCUAGACCUUCCGAAUCAGUCAGUUUCUGACAACACAGUCCAAUCCAACAACUUAACACCAGUGUCACCAUUACCUAUGAUGUCAGUUCAGGAAAUCACAUCUUCGUUUUCAUCUCCAUCCUGUAUGGAGGCUGUGACAUCAGCCAUGGAUUCCUUCGAUCUGAGUGAUGACGUAUUCGUAGGCUCUCAUUGUAACAGCGAAAAGCAUAAGGUAACGUCUAAAGGAUCCAUAGACACUGACUCAUCCUCUAGUGUAGACAGCAGUUACAGUGAGAGUUUAGAAAGCAGCAACAGCAGUGAUGGAAUCAAAGGGGUGUGGUAUUACAUCACUUCCUCUAAGGACUCUUCGGAGGCGUCUUUAAGCACCACCAUGCCUCAGUCGUCCACUGCGACAUCCUCCUCUGUUACCGAAUCUUGGGACGAGACCACUGCAUCAACUCGCUCUGUAAAUGAACUGAGCUCUCAUUUAUCAAGCAGUGUUGAAGAUGGUGAAAUGGCUUUGGUAGAAGUGAUCACCUUGAGUGAACGUUGCAGCAGUGAAAUUGACUUAAUUUGCAAUAGUUUUGAAGAGCACGAAAGUGUGUCCUCUAUGGAAGAAAAAUUGGAUGUGAAACCAAACCCGCUAGACAGUGAUGUUAGAUGUCAGAUGUUCUCACCCGCUGUGAAUGAUGAAACGCAGCAUAGUGAAGCUGAAAAUGCAACUGGAGGAAGUGGACAAGUUCUUCAGAAACCAAAUAUUGUUGAUUUUACAAGUGAAACCGGCAACAGUGGUGAUUAUGACAAAUCAACAAGAGAAGUUGCCUCAAUUUCUGGAAGUGUGGAUGAUACUCUUGAUGAGGAAUUCAACUGACAACAGACCAAAUACAUGUAUCCCUUUUUAUUGAGACCAAUCGUUACCUUCAUUUCGCAUUCAACACAUGCCUCCUGUCUCUGAGAAAGAGCCUUACUUGACUACACCACCUGCUUGGACUGCCUAUAUUUACUGCUUAAAUAAGGACUGCUUUCCUCAGUUUGUCUUGCUUUUAAGUUUUCAGCCUGUGUGUCUUGAGGACUUGAGUUUUUUGUACCAUUUACACUUGCGUUCUCAUUGCCUUCAUAUCAUUUCCUAUACCAAAAAGGUUAUGUCAGCCCUUUUGUUUUCUUGAAGCAUGUGAAGAGUUGAUUGACCGUUGAAAAGCAGUGCUCAGGGAACUCAUGAUUGAGUUUGUUAGAAACCUCAGUGUUAUUGCAGUGUAGCACUAAAGGUACUGUGGUUUUUGUUUGAGUGAUAAGAUUGUUCUGUUGUUCUUUCUGUACUGUUUGUGCUUUUUGUUUCUCUUUUUCUGUCAAAUUUUGGUGUGAAUGUUGUUUUAUUACAUUGUAUGCUAUAGAAUAUACAUCUACAAUAAGAUGCAGAUUAUUAUUCCGCAUAUGUAUUAUAAUUAUUUUUUUUUGCGCGAGUUGAGUGUACUAAUUUAGAUUGUUGGAAUUAAAUGAGUUUAUUUUAAUAUUUUCUGUUUGAAAAUAAUAGGUCUGUUGAUGCUAUAAUAAAUGCUAUUGAUUAAGAAAAUGGACUGAAAGCAGUUGGAAAUGAAAAUAGAAAUGUAUACCAUUACAUUUAAAGAGAGCCUAGACUAAGCAAUACAAAUUCGAGUAUCAUGCAUACAAAUAGUUCUAAUUCAAUAUUUAAUUCCUAAUCUAUAAAUUAAUAAGACCUAUCUCAUACAGUUUAUAGAUGGGCUCCAAGAUAACGGGUUAAAAUCUUUUAGAGAAUUGACUUCAUGUACAUGACAUGCUUUUGUUCUUUUUAUGUUUGUGAAUAAUAUUGUAUACAUAUAUUUUUUUAGAAGGGUAGUUGGGUUUAAUCAAAGUUUAUGUUGCAAAGUUGAGACUGCACAUAAAUGCAUGAUUAAAGAAACUGGUAAUUAUUUUCUCUUUAUACAAAUAUUUAGUGGUUCGGCUCUGUAUCAAAUUAGUUGCCAGAUUUCAAUUACAGUUUUUUUUUUUUUUUUUUUUUUCUCAUAACCAGUUUGUAACAUUUUAAUUAUAAAUAUUUUUAAAUCUAAUGUAACUUUUUUUUUAAGUUUAACCCAUUUUAUUUUAUGCUCAUGGGAUCCUUCGCAGUAAUAUUAAUAGUUCUACACACUUCAAACAACCAACUCACUCAUAGACAUCAACCCCACCUGCUUAGCUCUCCACACAUCAUAACAUUUAUGACCUCAUCCAUCAUUUCAUCCCCUUAUGUUCUAUUAACGUAGACAUAUUUUAUAGUCAA